CCUGCAGAGUCAGAAGGAAUGGUACCAAAGUGGACGUGCUGGUGCAGGCCGGUUCCUCGUGUGGGUGGGCUACCUAACCAUGCUCCCGGCACAUUUAGCUGCCCUUUUCUCUUCACUCAAAAUUUGGCUUGUUAUCCCAUCUCAGGGGAACUCCACUGAUAUUCUUCAUUCUCAAAACCCACACACGCCAGCUCUAGGUUUCCAUCGCCCAACAUGAAAGAACAUCACACAAAUGGCCACACCAACGGCUCCUCGGAGAAGAAGCCAUCGCGACCUUCAACUAACGGGAUUGUCAAGAAUAAGCCAAGAUGGCGAUUCGACACGAUCCAGAUUCACGCAGGGCUGGAAGCAGACCCCAAGUACGGCCACUGCACCCUCCCCAUUUAUAACACCGCCUCGUUCAAAUUCGGCUCUUCAGCAGCUCUGAAUGUAGCCUUGAGUGACAUCUCGAGCUCCCAAAACCACUUGUACACUCGAGUGUCUAAUCCGACUCAUGAUGGGUUUGAGAAACGCAUUGCCGCUCUUGAGGAUGGCAGAGAUGCACUCACAUUUUCAUCAGGCAGCGCUGCAGUCUUGGGCGUUAUAGCUUCUCUAGCAGGAAUGGGUGAUAAUGUCGUCGUGUCCACAAGCAUUCAUAGUGGAACGUAUCGUCAGUUCCGCAAGGCUCAGGCCCAGCUAGGCAUCGAGUCACGCUUCUGUGAUAUAAACGAUCUUGAGCAUGUCAAAUCUCUCAUUGACGACAGAACCAAGUUCAUCUUCGCCGAGUCUCUCGGAAACCCCAUGUUCUCCGUCCCCGAUUUCGAAGCCCUCGCCGCCAUCGCGCACUCAGAGCAUACCAAAAUCCCUCUUGUGGUCGACGCAACACUCACUGCGGCCGGUUACUUCUGUCAGCCUGCUAAAUGGGGCGCCGAUAUCCUCAUUCACUCCGCUACCAAAUGGAUAGGAGGCCACGGCACUACCCUCGGCGGUCUCGUUAUUGAGACGGGACGCUCGGAUUGGCAGACUAACAAGACUCGCUUUCCAGGACUUUACGGACAGCUUCCGGGGUUGCAGGGCGAGCAGGAUGAUUGGUAUGCAGCUGCUGGUGACAGGGCGUAUAUGCAGUACCUCAAGACUGAGUAUAUGCGCGAUACAGGGGCAUGCCUUGGUCCAUUUGCAGCUCAGCAGCUAUUCAUUGGGGUAGAAACACUUUCAGUUCGCUGCGAGCGUCAGUCCAAAAACGCCGAGACCUUGGCCCUCUGGCUUCAGGCCCAUCCCCGAGUCGCCUGGGUGCGCUAUCUAGGCUCCCAAGAUCAUCCUCACCACCAACUUGCCCUCAAGUAUUUCCAACGGGGCUUUGGCACCGUCAUCACCUUCGGGCUCAAAGGUGGCGCGGAGGAGGCUAUCUCGCUCAUCGACUCCUUUGAUAUGAUUAUCAACACAACGAAUGUGGGUGACUCUAAGACACUGGUUGGGCACCACUGGUCAACUACGCACAAGCACUUCACCAAGGAAGAGAACUUGUCUAUGGGGGUGGACGAGGACCUUGUGCGGUUAUCGCUUGGGAUAGAGGAUGCAAGGGAUAUAAUUGCGGACUUUGAACAGGCUUUCGAAAAGACCGAGGCCAGACUAUAG